AUGCUUGGAAACUGGCUGCAGAGCCUCUUGGCUCUAUUCAUGUUGGCGGCAGUCGCCCAGGCCCAAUUUGGCUUUUUCGAUCAUAUGUUUGGUGGCAAUCAACAACAACAGAACCAGCAAGGCUCCCAGAAUGUCCCGAGCGAUAGUGGUCGGUACCAAAAGAUGUGGGCUCAAGCUCACUGCAGCAACUACCUAUGCCCUGGAACCCUCGCCUGCGUUUCCGUCCCACACCACUGCCCAUGUCAACAUCCCGAUGUUGAAGACAAAGUUGAGCUUGGAGAAGGGAGUGCGAUUUGCGUGUCCCGAGGAGGUUUCAAGACGGGCGAGGCGGCGCGAAAGAUUGAGCUAGCUCGGAAGGGCCUCUUGUGA